AAAUAACUGGAGUAUUUAUUGGAUAAAAUUUUAAAUUGGACUUGACUGCAUAAAGAUGUUUUAUGCUCAUAUUGUAUUAGCUAAGAAAGGUCCGUUGAGUCGGAUAUGGCUUGCAGCACAUUGGGAUAAGAAAUUGACGAAAGCUCAUGUAUUUGAGACGAAUAUUGAACAAUCCGUUGACGGCAUUUUACAGCCUAAAGUGAAAUUAGCUCUAAGAACAUCAGGGCAUUUACUUCUUGGUGUUGCACGAAUUCAUUCUAGAAAAGCGAAAUAUUUACUUGCUGACUGCAAUGAAGCAUUUGUUAAGAUUAAGAUGGCUUUUCGUCCAGGAAUGGUCGAUUUACCAGAAGAACAUCGUGAAGCAGCUGUUAAUGCAAUCACAUUGCCAGAAGUUUUCCAUGAUUUUGAUACGGCACUUCCAGAGCUUAAUGAUGUGGACAUUGAAGCUCAAUUUUCUAUAAAUCAAUCAAGAGCUGAUGAGAUUACAAUGAGAGAGGAUUAUGGCUCAUUGCCAAUGAACAUGCAUGAUGACGGUUUUGGUGAAAUCGGUUUUGACGGAGCUGAUUUAGUCCGAGAUGGAUUGAAUCCAACAAUUGAUGAUGAUUUAUUUUCGGACACUAUCGGAACACAAGGACCUGAUAUUGAUCAACCCAAGGAAGACUCACGCACAAUGCUGACACAUCCAUUAGAUGACGACUUUGGAGAUGAUUUUGGCGAGUCUGGAGGUUUAUUUGAAGGAGACAUUUUUGCCGAUCCACCAACUACUUUAGAUGAAACAUCAGCACCAAUAAAUCAAGGAAAUAUGACAUCAAGAACGGACGAUGAUUCUGAGGAUGAUGGAGGACAUUUUGAUGGUGGUGCAUCUCCUGCUUUAUCAAGUACGAGUUCAAGACCACCAUCUACAAUUGGAGCACCUUUAACGAUGAAUCCAUUUAGUACUGAUGGACCACCGAGUUUUUUGAAUGAUAUAACUCAACAGCCAGGAACAAGUAAGGAUCUAAUAAACGAUAUUGAUGAAGCAGAGAAAAAUAUGGUACAAGAGGAAGAAUCAUUUGCAUUGGCACCAAUCGAUGCAUCGGCAUUAAAAGGAGUCACAAAGGCAAAACGUAAGCGAAAAUUGAUUAUUGAUGAAGUUAAGAAUAUAUCUGGGGAGGAGAUGAAGGCACAAUUAGCAAAUACAGCAGAUAUAAUUACAUCGCUAGAUUUGGCACCUCCUACAAAACGUCUUAUGAACUGGAAAGAAACGGGUGGUGUUGAAAAACUCUUUGCACUUCCUUCCCGACUACUUCCUGCACGAGCAUUAUCGAAAAUCUAUCAAAUGAAUCUUGUAUUUACGACCGGUAUUAUUGAAGAUUUCUCAAGUUUGGGACCUGCUGAUAUUCUUGCAUUAGAUACACAUAUCCUUGAGCCAGUUUCAGAAUCGCCAUCAAAGAGAGGACGGAAACGAAAGAAUCCAGACGAAACGGAUAUUAGUGAUUUGUCACUACCCGAACCGCUAAGAGAUAUUGCUGACUUACCUCCUCAAACUCCAGCACCAAUUGAAUUAAAGGGUGAUCUCGGAUUGGAUACAAGUCAAUCAUUUGUAAAUGAAUUAAUGCCCCCACCACCAUCAAUAGCAAGUCCAAGACAAUCAAUGAUGAGUAUUCCUGAAAUGACAAGUCCGCCUACACCUCAUAUUCCAGUCAUUCCAAUGACACCUGGAAAUUUAACGCACGGACUCGAUGAAAAUAGUCCUAUGUUGAGCGAUCCAGCACUUAAUAAUUUGGACACAAUACCAAACUUAAAUGCCGAGACAGUCAGUUCAAUUCUUGACGGUACAAAUGGAAUGGAUCAACAUUUUGCUAAUAUGGGAUAUGAUGCACAAGCCUCACCUUCGGGUGGGAUAUCUGAAAGAAUAGCAAAUGAUUGGACUGAUUAUGAUUAUCCAGCAUCAGUUGGACAAACUGGAGAUGAACAGAUGGUGGACGAAUCAAUAGAACAAUUCGAGGAACGUGUAUUGAACAAACGUGCUGCACAAUUAUUCGUUAACAUUAGAACGAAGCUUCAGAAGCAAGAUAAAAUCUUUUUAUCGGAUAUGACAUACAGGAACACGAAGAAACAAGCUGCACAAAAAUUCUACUCACUACUCGUAUUAAAGAAAUUUCAAAUGCUAGACAUCGAUCAGGAGCGACCGUUUGCAGACAUUGUGUGCUCGCGAGGCGAUGCAUUUGACGAUAAUAAAACACUGUAAAUAGCUUUGUACCUAAAGAAAGUUUCUACUUAUUAUAUAUGGAAUGUGAUGCUACUUUCACAACUUCUACGUUCAGGAGAUGAAAAGAAAAGCAAGAAAAGUGUACAAAUUUAUAU